AUGGCAUAUGAAAGGAAGAAUUUCAGGCUAGCAAGCUCAUCUUGUUUUUUGUUUUGUACUCUUUUUCAUAUCUUUAUUACUGCUUCUGCUGCUGCAAUUCAUUUCGAGACAAGCAAUGAGACAGACUACCAAUCUCUGCUUGACAUCAAGGGUCUAAUACAAGGAGAUCCAUUCCAGGCUCUAAGCUCCUGGAAUGAUUCCAUUCAUUUUUGUGAUUGGCGUGGAGUCACAUGUGGCCUGCUUCAUCAAAGAGUCACUGUCUUGAAUAUGUCAUCAUUUCACUUGGUUGGUUCUCUUUCUCCCUCCAUAGGAAACCUUACCUUUCUCAGAGAACUCAAUAUUCCGGAUAACAAUUUUCAUGGUAUGAUUCCUGAAGAAGUAGGCAGACUUUUUCGGCUUCAAUAUCUUCGUUUUGCCAAUAAUUCCUUUGAGGGAGAACUUCCAUUAAAUAUCUCGGGUUGUUCAGAGCUAAGUAUUCUUGAUUUAAGGGGUAACAGGCUCAUCGGGCGAAUUCGAGAUGACUUGAGCACUUUAUCUAAGCUUUAUGCUCUGAGCCUUUCCAGGAAUAAUUUCUCAGGCAGCAUUCCACCAUCUUUGGGUAAUAUUUCCUCUCUUCAGAUACUUAGCAUAUCAAGAAACAAUCUAGGUGGAAAUAUUCCAGCUGAGAUUGGUCGGCUUUCAAAUCUGCAUGUCCUUGAGCUGUCCUCAAAUAAACUUUUAGGUGCAGUUCCUCCUCAGCUCUACAACAUUUCGACACUCCAGAUCUUUUCUAUUACUAACAAUCUAUUAAGUGGACAGUUUCCUGCUACUGUGGGAUUGACUCUUCCAAACCUUACUUUAUUUUUGGCUGAUUUGAACCAAUUCUUUGGAUCAAUUCCAACUACAUUAGCAAAUGUUUCAGGGCUCACAAAAAUUAGCAUAGGAGACAAUUCACUCACAGGACCAAUUCCACAAAAUCUAGGUAGCCUGAAAGAACUUCAGGUUUUGCAUUUUGGCCAUAAUCCCCUUGGAACUGAUAAAGCAAAUGAUAUUAGCUUUAUUUCCUCCUUAACAAAUUGCACAAAUCUACAAAUAUUGAGUUUGUCAAGAAUUCAAAUUGGAGGCAUGCUACCAACUGCCAUUGCCAAUCUUUCAACCAAACUCACAUCUUUGUGGCUGAAUGAUAACAUUAUAUCUGGUAGCUUACCUUCCGGGAUUGGAAACCUUGCAAGCUUGGGCUAUCUCGAUGUGCGUAACAAUUCUCUCUCAGGCAUAAUUCCUGAUUCCGUGGGGAAACUUGUUAAAAUGCAGGAGCUUUAUCUGUCUGAAAAUAGCUUCACAGGAGAAAUUCCUUCAACAAUCGGUGACAUUUCUGAACUACAGAUUCUUGUAUUAGAACAGAACAUGCUUACAGGUAACAUUCCUGUUUCUUUGAGUAACUGCAGUAACUUGCAAGGAUUUACUGUUAGUCAGAAUCGCCUAAGUGGAGCUUUACCUAAAGAACUUCUUGCUCUUUCAUCUCUCUCUCUUGGCCUCCUCUUAGCUCAAAACCAAUUCACCGGAUCAUUACCAUCGGAAGUUGGCAAUUUGAAGAAUCUUGUGUCAUUGGAUAUUUCAGAAAACAAAUUAUCUGGUGAAAUUCCAACCUCUAUUGAUGGUUGUGAGAUGUUGGAAUAUCUUCGGUUGAAAGGUAACUUUUUGGAAGGCUCUGUACCUUCUACUUUAGGAGAAUUGAAAAGCAUUCAGGUCAUAGAUCUAUCUCAAAAUAAUUUGUCAGAGCAAAUUCCAGCUUCUUUGGCAAAAUUAAAAUUCAUCAGCACUCUAAAUCUUUCCUAUAAUAUGCUAGAGGGUGAAGUGCCAAUGGAUGGGAUCUUUGCAAACUCUAGUGCCUUUUCAGCACUGGGGAAUGGAAAGCUAUGCGGAGGAAUCAAAGCAUUGAACUUAUCAUCUUGUCCUAAACCUACCAAAAAGAAAGCAAAGCUGUGUACUCCUAUAGUAAUAGUUAUUGCCAUUACUAUUCCUCUAGCUAUAGUUUUACUACUCAUAUCUGCCUAUGCAAUUCAUAGACUAAGAAGCUCAAAACAACAAUUACCUUUUACCUCUGCAGCAGAAAAACAGAAUCAGAAGCUCUCAUAUGCAGAAUUAUAUGAUUCCACCAAUGGUUUUUCUUCAGAAAAUUUGAUUGGUGAAGGUAAAUAUGGCUCUGUUUACAAAGGGGUCCUCAAACCUGGUGAGCAAAUGGUUGCUGUUAAGGUUCUUAAGCUCCACCAACACGGUGCCCAUAAGAGCUUCUUGGCUGAAUGUGCAGCAUUGAGAAACAUCCGCCAUCGAAACCUUGUCAAGAUCAUAACCUCUUGUUCAAGUUUAGACUUCAAGCACAACGAUUUCAAGGCUUUGAUUUUCGAAUAUGUGCCUAAUGGAAGUUUAGAGAAUUGGUUACAUCCAAGUUCAGCUGAGGAAGAGGGACAAGGCCUAAUGAAGCUCCAGUUGAUACAAAGACUGAAUACUGCAAUCGACAUUGCGUCCGCCUUGGAUUACCUUCAUAACCAUUGCGGGACACCGAUUAUCCACUGUGAUAUAAAGCCAAGCAACAUACUUCUAGGUGAUGAUUUUCCUGCCUUGGUUAGUGAUUUUGGCCUAGCAAAAUUUCUUUCCUCCAUCGAAGGUAAAUCCCAUCAACAUCAAAGCAACUCAGUAGCAAUUAAAGGAACAGUUGGAUAUGUUGCUCCAGAAUAUGGCAUGGGUGGAGAGGUAUCAACACAAGAAGAUGUAUACAGCUAUGGUAUUCUAUUGCUUGAAUUGUUUACAGGGAAAAGGCCUACUGAUAGUGACAGGUUGUCAGCCUAUAGCAUGUUCACAGAAGAUUUUAGUCUCCAUAGUUAUGUUAAGACGGCUCUUUCCCAUCAGGUAAUGGAAAUUGUUGAUCCAAAGAUCUCAAUGGAAGCAGAAUCCAUACCAGGUAUAAUCACCAAAACAAGCAAAGGCGGCAGCAUCAGUCAGGAGGAAUGCUACCUAUCGAUGUUUCGGAUUGGUGUUUCAUGCUCUUCAGAAAUUCAGAGGGACAGGAUGAAUAUUAAAGAUGUCCUCAGUGGAUUACAAGCAAUCAGGAAUGAGUUUGUUCAGGUUAAUGAGAUGAGAGCAAUGUGA